GUCAAAAACCACUUGACGUACCGUAUGAUGCGACGACUGAAGGACCAUUCAUUAAUCACUUCUACCGGUUCGUACUUCUAGGCAAAAACCUCCUCUUUGACCGGAAGAAAACACAUUACAAACCUAAGAUUUCGUACUUUUAAGAAUAGCUUUGUAUUAUUAACGCUCAAGAACAGUCAAUAAAGAAAGAGGCGACAAGGGAUACCCUCAGGAGUUAAAGAUCGAAGAAAGAAAAUGGCCGAAGGAAAGAAGAAAGCCUCUCUGAAGCGCCCGAAACGGGUUCGACUGCAAGACUUUACGUGCAUAGAAGACCCACAUCCAUAUGGUUGCCUUCCUGGAGGGAAUCGUUUCUUCGGGACGCCCUCAUCGUCAUCACCAAAGAGCACGGAUGUAAGCAAGCGAAAAGCGGAAGACGUGUUUGACGACAAGGUUUGGCAGCAGAUCAUUUCGUUCUGCGAUGGUUGCUCCUUCGGAAGGCUCGUACAAUCAUCCAGGUAUCUCUACGUUGUCGGUCACCAACCCGAAUUGUGGAGAGACCAGGUGCUUCGAAAGUGCGACGCCGAAAAACUAGUGAUAUCUAGGGUUGGGCCGUCCUGGAAAGAUACAUAUGUGCGCAUGUUCCACGACAAGAAUCACAGAAACAAUAACAGCGACAACAAUAGCAGCAAAAACGAAACCGAAACAGAUGGUGCCUCUGCGUACCGACCACACCGACCAAUGAGAAUGCCAAACGUGUAUUCCGACGACAUCUAUAGAUCUCAUUUGUGCAGGAGCUUCGCCAUACCUCCGGCGUGGCUAAAAAGUCAAGAUGCAUCGACCGAAGGGACGCAGCAACACUGGCACAGAGAAGUCGACAACAUAGCGGUGGACGAUCUGAACGCCGAAACUUUUUUUGCGAACUACGAGGAAAAGAACCAGCCCGUUGUCGUGAGUGGAGCCGCCAAUGGAAGUGCUGUGGAGAAAUGGAAGGAAUGGGACUAUCUGACCAGCAAAAACACAAAGGACUCUUACCGGAGCACCAGCGGUGCCGCCCCGCUCCCUGGAAAUUUCAGUCUGGAAGCCUACCGCGAUUACACAGUAUCGACGAGGUACCUGGAAGAAUCACCUCUUUACCUCUUUGAUCGAACCGCAUUCGCUUCUAACAGGGAGUGGGGGGACGAUUUCUUUCCGGACUUUUACGAAAAAUGUCCUUACUGGGAUCCAUCCGGGGAAUUCGGUCACGACAUGCUGCAGUACCUCGGCGAGAAGGAGCGACCCGAUCAUACCUGGGUAAUCAUGGGGCCGAAGCGCUCCGGAAGUGUCUUUCACAUAGAUCCGAAUGCAACCCACGCCUGGAAUGCCUGCAUCAGGGGCCGCAAGCGAUGGAUCUUCUAUCCUCCAGGUCAACCACGUGAGUACCGUAAGACGACUGACAUCGUGAUGUAAUAAUUGUUGUAGGCAAAAGGAGCUGAUUCCGAUUGUACGGUGCGCUGGGUUUCACUCAAUUAAAUCACAUUGCUUUUCGCAUUUCCAAUUCCCGUGCUUUGAUGUGAUCAACGACGGCAACAAAACAUAUCAUAUCAAAACAGCUCCCGGGGUCUUUCCCUCCGCGGAUGGUGACGAGGUAGCACUUCCUCUUUCCGUGGGCGAAUGGAUCAUCCAGUAUUGGAAAGAACACACCGAGCAGUACCGCAAGCGACCCGUGGACCAGCGUCCCAUGGAGUGCACCACCCACCCUGGAGACGUCGUCUUUGUCCCUCAUGGGUGGUGGCACAGCGUCGUCAAUCUUGACGACUCCAACAUUGCCAUUACCCACAACUACGUCAGCCCUAGCAACCUCGGAAACGCCCUCAAAUUUUUUGUUGAGAAGCAAGACCAGAUCAGUGGUUGUCGGGAUCGGAAGGAGAGCAUAAAGCCGGAGUACAUACACGGAGAGCUCGUGAAAGCGCUAGCGAUCAAAGAGCCCGACCACCUGAAUCGAGCUAUGAAGCAGACCGGCUGGACGUGCCGUGCCUGGGAAGAAACACCGAAGUCAGACGAGACAGUCAUUACGGACGACGAUGAACACAGCAGCAGCAGCAAUAAAAACCGCAACAAACGCAAAAUCGAUAGCGUCCAGGGGGGAAACGAGCAAGGCACAAACAAAGCAGAAGAACUGCCAACUUCCGUCAUGUCCAAGACGGAAAAAGUGCCAGCGUUUAGCUUUUCAUUUCUUUAGAACACAUGCCAAUAGUUCACGAAAGCUU